AAAAAAUAUCAUCAGCACCGAGUCAAAUGGGAAUAAGAAAGAAACAAAAGAAAGAAAGAAAGAAAAGAAAAAAAGAAAAAAGUCAGCAGCCGUGUAAUUCCGCUUGUUCUAUCGGACUUCCUCCUCAUUACCGGGCAAUUCCUCACACAAAAACUCCCAUCCUUUUCAAAAUCUCUUCUUCUCUUUCUCCAAACCACACACUCCCAUUUAAUUGUGUGUAUAUAAAUUGUGUGUAUCAUCUGACUGAAUCCAUUCUUCAUUUACUCAGUCAAUUAGUUUUUAAAAGAAAAGGGGAGAAAAAAAUCCGUUCUUGAUCAUAGUAUUAUUGAACCGAGACCGGCAUCUAUAUAUACACAUAUUUAAGCUGUUUAUCUAGUUUGCUGAUGGCCGGUAAGUUUAGCAUGGACGGAAGUCAAUUCCCGGAAUUCCCAGCGGUUAUGACCUACGGAGGUCAGUUUAUUCAGUACAACAUCUUUGGCAACUUGUUUGAGGUCACUUCUAAAUACCGCCCUCCCAUCAUGCCUAUCGGCCGGGGAGCUUAUGGGAUAGUUUGGUAAGUAAUUUUAAAUGCUUUGCUUUGGUGGGAUUUUCUUGUAUUUUUGUGGGUUUAAUUUAUUUAGUAUCAUUGUUUUAAGUGUUCUGUUCUAACUGCAAAAUUUCUCUUCAGCUCAAUGAUGAAUACGGAGACUAAUGAGAUGGUGGCUGUGAAGAAGAUUGCGAAUGCUUUUGAUAAUUACAUGGACGCCAAGCGAACCCUUCGUGAGAUUAAGCUUCUUCGCCAUUUGGAUCACGAAAACGUAAUUGCCAUAAGGGAUGUGAUUCCUCCACCAAUCAGAAGGGAAUUCUGUGAUGUUUAUGUUGCCACUGAGCUCAUGGAUACCGACCUGCACCAGAUUAUUCGAUCGAAUCAAUCUUUAUCCGAGGAGCAUUGUCAGUACUUCUUGUAUCAAAUCCUCAGAGGGUUGAAGUAUAUACAUUCAGCCAAUGUCAUUCACCGGGAUCUUAAGCCGAGCAACCUUCUGUUGAAUGCAAAUUGUGAUCUUAAGAUCUGUGAUUUCGGUCUUGCCCGCCUAAACACUGAAAAUGAGUUCAUGACAGAAUAUGUUGUGACUAGAUGGUACAGGGCACCUGAGCUGCUCUUAAACUCAUCAGAUUAUACCUCAGCCAUCGAUGUUUGGUCGGUUGGAUGCAUUUACAUGGAACUCAUGAACAGGAAACCUUUGUUUCCUGGAAAAGAUCAUGUCAAUCAGAUGCGCUUACUCACCGAGCUUCUUGGCACUCCUACUGAAGCUGAUCUUGGUUUUGUGAGGAACGAGGAUGCGAAAAGAUACAUUCGACAACUGCCUCGAUUCCCUCGUAGGCAGUUAUCCGAAGCAUUCCCUCAUGUAAACCCCAUGGCCAUUGAUCUAGUUGAUAGAAUGUUAACCUUUGAUCCUUCCAAAAGAAUCACAGGUAACUAUUUUUCAAACUGCCACGUGACAUUUUCUGUUAAAACUAGUUUCGGAAUAUUUCGGCGUCCUAAAAGAUGGUGUUUUGGUUCAUUCGUUUUGCAGUUGAAGAGGCACUUGCUCAUCCAUACCUAGCAAGAUUACAUGACGAAGCUGAUGAACCAGUUUGCUCAAAGCCGUUUUCUUUUGAUUUUGAAGCAGCAGCUAUGGGAGAAGAGCAGAUAAAAGAUAUGAUCUACAGUGAGGCCUUAGAACUAAAUCCUGGGUUUGCAUGAUCUGAUGGGGAUUGAGAAUCAAUAGUACCCCAAUUAGUACCCAUAUGAACUCAGAAAAAAAUAAAAAUCCUAGUAUCAAUUUUGCUUGCUUUGGAUAACAAGAGUGACAAUUAGUUAUUAUCAUUCUUUUUUUUUCCUCCUUUCAAUAUCUGUUGUUGUUGUAAUAGUAAUAGCUGGAGUUGUUAUUUGUAUCUUUCCAGAGCUAGAGAUGUAAGCUGAGGAAAAUGUGUAUUGUACAGGAAUAUGUUGUAACAGGAAAAUGUUGUAACUUCAAAGUUCAAAUUUGGAUUAUUUCUGGGCUUACAGAUUCUUCAUUUAUGAGUAUGGAUAUAGCAGUACUAGUUUGACAAAAUUAUACAAUGUGCCAUACUAUUGAGGCAAUUGCAAUUAAAGUUGCAUUCCAAAGAGCACUCGACCGGUCAGACUAGAAGAUCGGGAAAUCUUUCAAAUUAGUGCUGCUUAUCUUUCAAUUCGCCUCUGAGAAUCAAAUGAAAUGUGAAUAAUCGUCCUCUUACCUGUAUAAACUCUGCAUUGAUCAGGAAAUGCAAAAUGCGAUGGUAUAAUUAGUUACCAUAUUUAGUCGUACGACGUACAUCACUUGACAAAUAAACUGAUCAAACCUCGUUACUGAGGUUGUUUAAGAGUGAAUUAAAUCUAUUUAUGUGAUAUCAUUUGCAAUAAUAACUUGACAUUAAGAGAAAGAAAAGGUUGCUGGCAAGUGUGUUUGGGAGCUCUAAGAAUCGUGGGUACUAUCACAACCUAGUUAGUGCUGAAUAUCAAAUGAAAAUGUAGGACAGGAACUGAG